UCCAGUUUCGAACUUCUGACUUAUCCUUCGAGUAGAUAUGAAAUGGUAUAGAACAGUAUGUAUUCGAGUUACAAUGAAUAUAUCACGUGUUAUAUUUAUGAAAGAAACAAGAAGAUUAAUCUCUACGAUGACAAACAAAUUAGUUGCUAUUUGUCAAAUGAGAUCUAUAAAUGAUAAAGAAAAAAAUUUAGAAGUAGUUGCCAAAUUAAUUAAUGAAGCUAAGCAAAGAAAUGCUUGUAUAGCAUUCUUGCCAGAGGCAUGUGAUUAUAUGGGAGAAAGCAGAAAAGAAAUAAUUGAAUUAGCAGAACCCUUAAAUGGUCCAACAGUUACUCGUUACAAGGAAAUCGCUGCUAAAAAUAAUAUUUGGUUAUCGUUAGGUGGCAUUCAUGAAGCAUUACCUGACAAUGAAGAAAAGAUUUGUAAUACACAUAUUUUAAUUGACAAUGAAGGCAAUUUAGUAUCUAAAUAUCGCAAAAUACAUUUAUUCGAUAUGGAUAAUAAGGAUACAGGUGUUCGCUUAAUGGAAUCAGAUUAUGUUGUAAAAGGGGAUAAAAUAAUACCACCUGUUUGUACACCAGCCGGCUACUUGGCUUUAAGCAUUUGUUAUGAUAUGCGUUUCGCUGAACAAUCUCUACUUCUAAGAAAUAUGGGAGCACAAAUUUUAACUUUUCCUUCAGCAUUCACGUAUCAAACUGGUGCUGCACAUUGGGAAGUAAUAUUACGUGCAAGAGCUAUAGAAACACAAUGUUAUGUUAUUGCUGCGGCACAAACAGGUGCUCAUAAUAAAAAACGUACAAGUUGGGGACACUCUAUGAUCAUUGAUCCAUGGGGAACAGUUCUGGCACAAUGCGCUGAGAAAGUUGGCAUAGCUAUAGCAGAAAUAGAUUUAGAUUUAUUAGCCAAAAUUCGAAAAAAUAUGCCAUGCGAACAACAUCGUCGGACAGAUUUAUACCCAUCAAUGAAAUGUUAAGAAUUGUUAUCUUUGUAAUUAUACUUUAGUAUUUAAAAUUAUUUAUUUAAGUUUUAGGUAGAUAUUUGUACAUGAUGAAAUAGAAUUUACUACAAUAUUUUUAAAUUAAUAUAAAUUAUUUAUACUAUA